GCACAAACAUCAAUACUCGCUAGCAUUCGAACCGAGAACAACACAACUCUAAUCGAUAUGUCUACCGAAGCCAAACCCGCCAAGAAGCCUGCCAAGCCAGCAGAGCACCCCAAGUACACCGAGAUGGUUGCAGCAGCUAUCGGUGCACUGAAGGAACGCGGCGGAUCUUCCCGCCAGGCCAUCGAGAAAUACAUCAAGGCCAACUACAAGGUCGGAGACAAAGUUGGCACCCAACUGAAGAUGGCUCUCAAGCGCAUGAGCGAGAAAGGCGCUCUAGUCCACACCAAGGGCACUGGAGCUUCUGGCUCGUUCAAAUUGAACAAGGCCGUGAAGGCUGAGAAGCCAAAGAAAGCGAAGAAGCCAGCGGCAAAGAAACCCAAGGCUGCCAAGAAACCCGCCGCCAAAAAACCUGCCGCCAAGAAAGCCAAAUCCCCCAAAAAGUCGGCACCUAAGAAGGCAACCAAGUCGCCCAAAAAGGCAGCAAAAAAGCCUGCUGCUAAGAAACCAGCAGCCGCCAAGCCCAAGAAGGCCGCGGCAAAGAAGCCAGCCGCCAAGAAAGCAGCGAAGAAGCCCGCAGCAAAGAAGGCCGCCAAAAAGCCAGCCAAGAAGUAGAGCGACUAUACAGUCCCUUUACACCAAACAACGGCUCUUCUAGGAGCCACCCACUUUUAUGAAAGUCAUACCUCAUCCAUCUAUUCCUACUUACUAAUAUUUAUAUCACUGUGAUUAUAUUUAUCUACGUUAUCCCCUUUGUCAAAUUAAAAAGAAAGGUUCUAUCGUAACGGCUAUUAUCCCCCAACGAGUUGCCUUUGUCAUUGUUAAUAAUUAAAAAUAUAAUUGGAAUCUUCGAAAUAACAAUCUACGAAUGAAGUCUAAUACGUUAGUGACUAUAUUUGAUUAAAAAUUUACUUGCUACGCGCUUGAA